AUGUUACGACCCCUUUUUACACGUCAGCUUCGUUCUAAUAUAAUACGCUCCACCUCUGUAUUAUCAGCUCGUACCUUCGCGUCAGCUGUCAGUACAAGUGGACCGUGCUUUACUUUGACUGAAGAACAACAAAAUUUUCAAGAACUUGCUCGUAAAUUCUCUCACGAAGAAAUAGCGCCAAAAGCAGCUUAUCAUGAUCAAACUGGGGAAUAUCCAACGGACAUUAUUAAAAAAGCUUGGGAACUUGGUUUAGUAAACACUCAUAUUCCCGCAGAAUUUGGUGGUCUUGGACUAGGUGUUUUCGAGUCUAGUUUAGUUACUGAAGAAUUGGCUUGGGGUUGUACGGGUAUCCAGACGGCCAUUGAGGCAAAUGGACUCGCGGAAGCCCCAUUAAUUGUCGCGGGAAAUAAGGAACAAAAUCAAAAAUACCUAGGUCGUAUGUCAGAAGAACCACUUAUGGCAGCCUAUUGUGUAACAGAACCUGGUGCAGGUUCGGACGUUGCGGGAAUAGGAACAAAAGCAGAACUGAAAGGUGAUAAAUGGGUUAUAAAUGGACAAAAGAUGUGGAUCACUAAUGGCGGUAAAGCCAAUUGGUAUUUCGUUCUGGCUCGAACCGAUCCAAACGCAAAACCCGGCGCCGCAUUUACGGGAUUUAUUGUUGACGCAAAUACACCCGGUAUUACACCUGGUAGAAAAGAAAUUAAUUUAGGUCAACGUGCAAGUGAUACACGAGGCAUCACAUUCGAAGAAGUUGUUGUGCCCAAAGAGAAUGUCCUUGGAACUCCUGGUAAAGGGUUCAAAAUUGCUAUGGCUGCUUUUGAUAUUACCCGUCCGUUAGUCGCAGCUGGCGCUGUUGGAUUGGCUCGUCGUGCCAUGGAAGAAGCCCUCAAAUAUUCUCUUGAAAGAAAAACCAUGGGACAAAAAAUAUUCAAUCACCAAAGUGUAGCGUUUAUGCUUGCUGAUGCUGCUAUAGGAGUUGAGUCAGCGCGAAACAUGGUUUGGAAGGCUGGCUGGUUGCGCGAUCAAAACCAAAGAAAUACAUAUUACGCAUCUAUCGCAAAGGCGUUGGCAUCUGACGUCGCAGUUACUACGGCUAGUAAUGCUGUCCAAAUUUUUGGCGGAAACGGUUACAAUACCGAAUAUCCUGUCGAAAAAUUGUACCGUGAUUCUAAAAUUUUCCAAAUUUAUGAGGGAACUUCACAAAUUCAACGAUUAAUCAUUUCUCGAUAUUUGGCUGAAAAUGUGGAAAAUAUGUAA